GCGCUUCACUUUAUAAGUUACCGUCAUGUAACGUCGAGUUUUGUGCCAGAACAGUCCACCCAGCACUAAACGGACAGAGGCUUCAACAUGCAAUGGGGAGGCUGCUCGCCAUAGGCCCUCACUCCCGUUCUUCCAGCUGCUCUGGGGUUUUUCAUACAUUUGGCUUAACCACCGCUGUCCAUUUCUGAGGAUCUUUCAUUUGCCUGAAAGAAUGAGUGCCUACACUGUGACGCUGCCCGGCCUCGGCCCCUGGGGCUUCAGGCUGCAGGGGGGGAAGGACUUCAACAUGCCCCUGACCAUCUCCAAGAUCACUCCGGGGAGCAAAGCGGCGCAGUGUAACCUGAUCCAGGGAGAUGUCAUCGUCGCCAUUGAUGGCGUCAGCACUGAGGGCAUGACUCACCUGGACGCCCAGAACAAGAUCAAGAUGGCCAACUUCAACCUGGCACUCACCAUGUCCAAGUUUAAACGUCCCACUCCGAUGCCGCCGAUGAGAAUGGACACCAUUAUUCCCAUGAUCCCUCACCAACAGUCGGUGCAGGUCAACGGCCGCCCGUCAGCCUGCGGUGCCUCCUCCGGGCCUCUAGAGGCAGACUCUCCCGGAAGGAGAGCGGCAGCGGCUGUGAGCCCCGCUCAGAGGAAGCAGUAUAAUUCGCCCAUCGGCCUGUACUCAGAGGGGGGUCUGAGGGAGAUGGCAGCAAUUCAGGCGGGACGGCCUGUGGGCACUCUUCCAGGUAAAGAUCGCCUUGUGGACAGCGCCUCCCCGGUCUAUCAGGCCGUCCAGAUUGUGGAGAAGGACCCGGACGAAUGGGCCCGCCGCGGUGCCGCCAUGCAGUCCAAGUCCUUCCGGGUCUUGGCUCACAUGACCGGAACCGAGGCCUUACCAGAGGAGAAGGACGAGGAGGCGCUGAGGAGGAGCAGCCUGAAGCAUCCGUCUGCCGAUGGCUACAGCAUCCAGCACCACGCUGCAGUCUCCAGUCACUACACUCAGCCUCCUGCCAUGCAUCAGGCUCCACAGGCUCCGCCCCACAUGCAUCAGGUCCCACCCACCCAGCAGAGCUCCAUUCAGAUUCCUGUUGGCUCCGCCCCUCAGAAGGUGGUCAGCACCGCCUGCAUCUACCCCUCCCAUCCAGCUCCUGCUCCUGCUCCAGCACUGUCUCAGCCCCGCCCUCCAGUCGCCACCCUGGCCCCCUCUACAGCUGCUCUAGCCUCCUCAAACAGACCCCCUUGGGUGACUGACACCAGCUUUGCCGAUAAGUUCGACCCAACUAAGACUACCACCACCACCAUGAAGGUGCAGCAGCUGCCCCAGGCAGCCCCCCCUCCACCAGUGUACAUCCCCAACCCCUCUCCCACUGCACCUCCAGCCACAAGCCCUGCCCUCAUCACCCCAUCCCCCGCCCCCCACGUCCCUGUGGCUAGGGGUGUGGUCCAAAAGGCAGAGAGGUUUGCUGCCAGCAACCGUACACCUCUGUGCGGCUUCUGCAACAGCAUCAUCAGGGGGCCCUUCCUGGUGGCCCUCGGCCGUUCCUGGCACCCCGAGGAGUUUAACUGCCACUACUGCCACAAGUCUCUGGCUGACGUCAGCUUCGUGGAGGAGCAGAACAACGUCUACUGUGAGAACUGCUACAAGGAGUUCUUCGCCCCAACCUGCGCUCGCUGCAACACCAAGAUCAUGGGGGAAGUGAUGCACGCUCUGCGGCAGACGUGGCACACCACCUGCUUCGUCUGCGCCGCCUGUGGAAAACCAUUCGGAAACAGCCUCUUCCACAUGGAGGACGGAGAGCCGUACUGUGAGAAAGAUUUUGUUGCACUCUUCAGCACUAAGUGUCACGGCUGUGACUUCCCGGUUGAAGCUGGUGAUAAGUUCAUUGAGGCCCUGGGCUACACCUGGCACGACACCUGCUUCGUCUGUGCGGUGUGCCAUGUGAACCUGGAGGGCCAGCCUUUCUACUCAAAGAAAGACAAACCUCUCUGCAAGAAGCACGCUCAUGCCAUCAACGUGUAGACCCACCAGCUUCCUGUAGAUCUGCUGCUCAGCGGGGCAACGCCGCCAGCUGCAAUAACAAACACAAGCUGACAACUUUUAGACGUGUGGAAACACUCGUUAUGCAACAUACACUUUGGUUUGAGACAUUUUGAUGCAUUAAUAUUAAUAUCUAAAACAUUGCUGCCUGAAACAAGAACGUACACAACAACAAAGUUGUGCUUUCUGAUGCUCAUCCAGCCCACUUGAUUAUGUUUUAUGUUGUUUUUGUGUGUGUGUGGGUGUUUUCUACCAGAAAUGACGUGUUUGCUGUGGCCACUGUGCUGCCCAGUUCGGUUUCUGUGGAGUCUGGACAGUGCCAGAUCAAUUCAGAUAACCUUUUCAGUGUUUAAUUCAAAUGAGCGACUAAACUCAUAAAUGUAAAAAUACGUGUGGCUAGAUAUUAAUGCAAUACAAGUGUAAAAUAAAGAUGUUUAAUAAUGCAGCUUGGAUAGUUCCUCAUUUAUGCAUCUCUUUAUACACUGAUGACAUACAACUAAAUACAUGUGAAUGAAAAUGU